GCUCAUUUUUUUUUUUUUUUUUUUAAUUUGGUUGGAACGUAGGGAAUAGCAAAAUUUCGGUUUCUCCAUCCCAGAUCAGGCGGUCGGAGUCAUUGACCCACGGCUGUUUCAAUGAGCGGAUUUAGUUUAAACGUGGUCGCGAGGAGCUUGAACGAAUGCCUCGCCACGCCUCAGGAGAUGAAGAUAGACCCGUACUUGGCGGCUUUCAAGGAGCUUCAGAAGUUCUUCCACGACCUGGGCACUGUGUUUGGCUUCAUCAACUCUGACCUGGACAGCAAGAUUGUCAUCAUGGAGGAGUACCGGGCCAACCCCAAGGUGGCCAAGCACUACGAAGGGCUCUGCUCUAUGAUUGCCUUUGAGAAGAGCUCCAAGGCCAUUGAGGACCAAAGCAAGCCGUCCGGGUCCCGCACGCUGCUGCGGCUACACAGGGCCCUCGAGUUUGUCGCCCGACUCUUCCAGCGUCUGAGCACGGCUAACGACGACACGGGCAUGGGCGGCCUGGCCCAGGAGAGCUACGAGGAGACCCUGGCGAGGCACCACCCGUGGCUCAUCCGCAAGGGGGCCACCUGGGCCCUGCUGGCUCUGCCCACCCUCGGGAAGGCAUUCGCCAAGGCCCGGACGGACGAGAAGGACCAGCUGCGGACGCUGAUGCAGGCCGUCUCGGACAACGCCUACCGGGUUUUCCACUUCGCCGAGGCCAUCUACAAGAAGCACGGGCUCCUGGACCUGCCCUGAGAGGAGUCGCGGCACGCCGGGCCGAGACGCCGCGGCGCCCGCAAUGCCUCUUUGACCGGCGUGUUUACAGCCCCCCGAUCUCCACCCGCCACGCUGUUGCCGGCUGCAACUCUGGCGGUGUUGCAGACACCCAUUAUGCUGCAGGUCGCAUCCGGCCGGACAGUUUACGGAGGCUUCGACAGCCGGGAGUUGGGAUUCCGCGACGACGGCAACAUGUUUUCUUACACUUCUUUUUCGUAACUUCUACGUCCAAUCGCCGGGAUCUCGACAUCUGAUGUCGUUUGCUGCCCUCUAGGGACCACUUCAGCGGGACACGGAGCGCACUGGUCGGGGACGCAUUCCAGGCACUGCGGCGAGGCCGCCCGAACGUUACGGCGAGUGGAACGCUCUUUGCGAAGCCUCUGCACCACUUUUGGGAGGUGCAUUACAUCCUCUCGAACGUCAAAUCGACGGGCUGUCCACCUCGGCGGCUGCCACUGCAAACAAUGUCUGGCUUUUUUUACUCGAGCUUCUGUGGACCGGAAAACUUAGUUUCUCGAAAGAGAACCGCAAAGCUCAGUCGACGUUGUGCCUCUCUGUGGAGGUGUUCUCUCUUGGCUUACGUGCAACAGGGUUGCGUACAAAAUUAUAUUGCCCUUUUCUUUUUUUUUUUGUAGCAACCGUGGUUUGUAAACUGGGUGAAUUUCAGCUACGAGGGCUUCGUUUAGCCUUAAAACCCAUUUGCUCAAAGGAACGGAUACUAGUAUCUUGAGUGUCGACUCUUGGGACCCAGAGCAUAAGAACUGGUCUGCAAGCUCAAACUACUGCUGUACUCAAAGGUUAAAAUACAUGGUCUAAGUACUUUGAAACAGUCCUAUGUUGGGGUCUGCAUAGAGUACAAUACCGUCAGGGUUUCAGAUGACAAGUGAUUUGAAUGCGUUUUUGCCCCUUGUUUUGGGAUUCUGCAGGUCUGAAGAUACUAGUAGACAACAUUGAUAAGCAACUUCAGGGAAGGCAGACAGGUCUGCCCAAGUCUCAGAAAGUUUGUCCAGAAAAGUUGGCAAGGGUGCUGUAAUCAAAUGGGAACAUUCUCCGCUGCACUUCCAUCGGGGCUCAUGGAUCGUUGGGUUCAGGCUGAUUUCAGACUACAUGGAAAGGAAUGACCUGGGUGUAAUUAGGAACAAAUUUACUAGUUAGAAUUUUUCAACACACAGACGGUUCUCAUUAUUGUGGCUCAAUAUAUCUUCACUCCUGCGUAAGGAAUAGGCUCCGAUUUUUAAUAUACUUGUUGGUAGGACGUGUUGGACAAGUUUGUUACCUCAUGAAAAAUUAGUAGAAUGCAUAUAUUUCGUCGUCUUUUACAUCAGCUUCAUGGAGGAAUUCCUCAACUGAAUGACUUAAUUGGGAGCAGCUGCUUCAGCUGCCGAGUUCAAACUCCAACUGCUUCUUAAACUCCCAAGGUUUUUAUGUUUCAUGAUACAUAGAAUGCAGAAAAAGUUAUUUUACUCCGCUCGCUACAAUCACGAGUUACACUUGAAAAUGCAUAUUCAAGCAUUGCAUGGUGCAUUGCUACAUUGGGCAAUUCAGAUAAUGUUUUCCUUGUUCAGUGUUUUCUUCACGCAAGCAACGUUGUAUUUGUUUUAUGAAUGCAACGUUAUUUAACAUAUUGUUGGUUGUGAGGAUGGUUUCUAUACCCUCCAUUGUGAUCAGUUGACAGUGUACCGUUCAAAGCAUCACAAACUGCUUUUAAUUUCAAUCAGCGGUCAGCUAGGACUUCGGAGCUGCGGUGUUUGGUCGAGGCUUGAACUCUUAAAAUUAUUGUAAUUGGAAAAGUCUCACAAACACUGCAAAUUUUUUGAGUGCAUAUUAAUAUGGGACCAAGGGCAAAGUGACCCAGGGAAAAGAGUAUUGCCUAUGGUGUUGGUGUGUGGGAGUGCAUAUCCUAGUGUGUGCGAAGAUGGUCUGCUGAAGCUAUUGUUUGAGUACUAGGGGAACAAUAAUUAUCCCUGGAGAAAGGAAACAACAGGGACUGGGGGAAUAUGCUUGAAGUGUGGUUCAUAUUGAACAUGUAUGCUGCAUAUUCUUCAUUGAUGCUCUCAAUAUUGAAUAGAUGUAAAUUGCAGCUAUCCAGUGUAGUUAAAUAGUUGUACUUUUCAAUGCAGUGCUGCUGGAACUGAAAAUAUGCUUGGCAAGGCAUUGUUUUGUUUCUUUUUGAGGGCCACUGACCACCUUUGUCAUUUCUAUCUCCAGUAGUUUUCGUUUUUUUAUUCCUGCAUAACUGCUAUCAAGUUUUUUGUUGAGCUUGUUGGUGCUUAAUUUGGCAUACAGGGCAGUGAGUUCCUUUUAUUUUCUUUUUUUUUUAUUGUGCAGUGUGCAUGCGGUAUUUUUUACUUCCGAAUCCACAAAAGCUUGGAAGCACAAGUUUCGGUACUGCCUUUACAUUGUCUUAACAAUGCAUGCAUUAUAAGAGAAGCGUUGUUUGCAACCAUAUAAAAUCUAGUCAUGCACCGAAGUAAGCUGUGGUUGACAUACUGCACAGCAUGGUUGGUGUGACUUGCACAUUGAUUCUUAUUUACUCAGGAUGACCCUGGUUCCUUAUUUGUGGUUGGAGCAAUUGCACCAAUGCGGUUCAAGAGAUUGUAUGCCUUAGGUUGGUUGUGUUUUGUCAGCCCAUGACAAAAUAGUAUUAUACGACUGUUGUCAUAAUUCAUGCGGUUUUAUGCUUGCGUGAUUGUGAUGCCUUGUGCAGCGAUGUACAGAAAUUGGUGUGUUGGGCUCAUCUUACAUUAAUUAUAGUGUUAGCGUUUGUGUGUCAUUCUGCCAGCCAUUAUUUUGUUUAGUUCAUCCCUUUGAGAGCUCCCCCCCCCUCCCCCCCACACACACAGACUGAGUCAUUUCUGUUUUCAUUAAAUACUGUUUAUUUUUACCCAC